GAGGAAGAGAAAAAAAGAGAGAGAGAGAAAAAAAGGAAAGAGAGAGAAAUAAGACGUGAUUCUUUCAAUCCAAGGAAAAGUCUUUGCUACUAUCAACCCACCUACUGUCUACCCACCUGCCUCUAUCUACCUUACCUACCUACCUUCCUACCUCCAGUCCAACCCAACCCAACCCAACCUACUCAUGAUCAGAAUGUCAUCUCAAGCGAAAUUCAAAAAGGACAAAGAGAUCACAACAGAAUAUGAAACUCAAGUCAAAGAAAUCCGUGCCCAGUUGACAGAGCAGCUGAAAUGCCUGGAGCAACAAUCCGAAUCCCGUCUUCAGCUCCUUCAGGAUCUGCAGGAAUUCUUUCGCAGGAAGGCGGAAAUUGAGGUGGAAUACUCUCGAAGCCUGGACAAGCUGGCAGAGAGGUUCUCUGCCAAAAUCCGCAGCUCCAAAGAGCACCAGCAAUUCAGGAAGGACCAGCACCUCCUCUCCCCGGUGAACUGUUGGUACCUGAUUCUCAACCAGACACGGCGAGAGAGCAAAGACCACGCCACCCUGAACGACAUCUACACAAACAACAUCAUCGUCCGACUGGCCCAGAUCAGUGAGGAUGUCAUACGUCUCUUCAAAAAGAGUAAGGAGAUCGGGCAGCAGAUGCAUGAGGAACUGCUCAAAGUCACCAACGAACUAUACACCGUGAUGAAAACCUACCACAUGUACCACGCCGAGAGUAUCAGCGCGGAGAGCAAACUGAAAGAGGCGGAGAAACAGGAGGAGAAGCAGUUCAGCAAAUCGGGCGACCUCAACGUGAACUUGCUGCGUCAUGAAGACAAGCCCCAACGACGCAGCUCCGUGAGGAAGAUAGAGAAGAUGAAAGAGAAGCGGCAAGCAAAGUAUUCUGAGAACAAGCUGAAGUGCACCAAGGCAAGGAAUGAUUACCUGUUGAACCUUGCAGCAACGAAUGCAGCUGUAGCUAAAUAUUAUAUCCACGAUGUCUCUGACCUGAUUGAUUGCUCUGAUUUGGGAUACCACGCUGGUCUGGGACGUACGUUCAGAACAUACCUUUCUGCGGAAUAUAACCUCGAGACCUCGCGCCACGAGGGGCUGGACAUUAUUGAGAACGCUGUGGAUAACUUGGACGCACGCAGUGACAAGCACAAAAUCAUGGAUAUGUGCAACCAGGUCUUCUGUCCACCCACCAGAUUUGAGUUCCAACCGCACAUGGGAGAUGAGGUGUGCCAAGUGAGUGCCCAACAGCCCGUGCAGACAGAGCUUCUGAUGCGCUAUCACCAGCUCCAGUCUCGACUGGCCACCCUGAAGAUCGAGAACGAGGAGGUCAGGAAGACUCUGGACGCCACCAUGCAGACACUGCAGGACAUGCUGACUGUCGAGGACUUCGAUGUUUCCGACGCGUUCCAGCACAGCCGGUCCACAGAGUCCGUCAAAUCUGCCGCCUCUGAGACCUACAUGAGCAAGCUCAACAUUGCCAAGAGACGGGCCAACCAGCAAGAGACCGAGAUAUUCUACUUUCAGAAAUUUAAGGAAUACUUGAAUGGAAGCAACCUUAUCACCAAGCUCCAGGCCAAACAUGACCUGCUGAAGCAAACUCUAGGGGAAGGUGAAAAGGCCGAAUGCGGUACUUCAAGGCCCCCAACUCUUCCCCCUAAACCGCAGAAACUGAGGAAGUCUAGGCCGCGCUCCCAGUAUAAUCAUAAGUUGUUUACUGGCGAUAUGGAGACCUUCAUUCAGGAUUCUGGACAAGCCAUCCCCCUGGUGGUGGAAAGCUGUAUCCGAUUUAUCAAUUUAUAUGGUUUACAACAACAAGGUAUCUUCCGUGUUCCUGGCUCACAGAGUGAAGUAAAUGAUAUCAAGAAUGCAUUUGAGAGAGGUGAGGACCCUCUUGCAGACGACCACAAUGAACAUGAUAUCAAUUCUGUGGCUGGAGUGCUAAAGCUGUACUUCCGAGGGCUGGAAAAUCCACUCUUCCCUAAGGAAAUGUUCCUGGAUCUAAUCUCCAGUGUUAAGAUCGAAAACAACGCGGAGAGGACCCACCGCAUCCAGCAGAUUGUCAAUGCCCUCUCAAGGACUGUAAUCAUCGUCAUCAGAUAUCUCUUCGCCUUCCUCAACCACCUCUCACAGUACAGCGACGAGAACAUGAUGGAUCCCUACAACCUCGCCAUCUGCUUUGGGCCAACCCUGAUGCCAAUACCCGAUGGGCAGGAUCCAGUCUCGUGCCAGGCUCACGUCAACGAGGUCAUCAAAACCAUCAUCAUUAACCACGAAGGCAUCUUCCCCAGUUCCAGAGAGGUCGAUGGGCCGGUGUACGAGAAGUGCAUGACUGGAGGAGAGGAGUACUGUGACAGCCCUCACAGUGAGCCUGGCACUAUUGAUGAAGUAGAUCACGACAAUGGAACUGAACCACACACCAGUGAUGAUGAGAUUGAGCAGAUUGAAGCCAUAGCUAAAUUCGACUAUGUUGGACGCACACCAAGGGAACUGUCCUUCAAGAAAGGAGCAUCUCUACUGCUAUAUCACCGAGCUUCUGAGGAUUGGUGGGAGGGGAGGCACAAUGGAGUGGAUGGCCUGAUACCUCAUCAGUACAUUGUGGUACAAGAUAUGGAUGAUGCCUUUUCAGACAGCCUGAGCCAGAAAGCAGACAGUGAGGCCAGCAGUGGGCCUCUUCUCGAUGACAAGGCCUCGUCAAAGAACGACUUGCAGUCCCCGACCGACCACUUGGCAGAGUUUAGCUUUGGAGGGAAUAUGGGCAGGGUGCGUUUGAGGUCAGACGGGGCUGCAAUUCAGCGGCGUCGCAGUGGUGGUGACGCACACAGCCCGGUAAGGGGAUCCGGGUCAUGUAUAGACACUCCGCCGCGAGCUGCCGCCUGCCCGAGCAGCCCCCAUAAAUUCACCGUCAACAGGGGGAGGAUGGAGAGCCCCGAAAAGCGACGGCUGGCCACCUUCGGGAGCGCUGGCAGCAUCAAUUAUCCAGACCGGAAGAACCUAGUAGACAGCCAUCCCGUGAGGCAGAUGUCAUUGUGCACCCGCCAUAGUAGUCUGGGAGACCACAAGACCCUGGAGGCCGAGGCACUGGCCGAGGACAUCGAGAAGACUAUGAACACGGCCUUAAACGAACUACGCGAACUGGAGAGGCAGAACACUGUGAAGCAAGCCCCCGACGUGGUCCUGGACACCCUGGAGCAGAUGAAAAACCCUGCAUUGGGGGCCGUGAACUCCGAACCAGCGAGCCCGCUGCACACCAUCAUGAUCCGAGACCCGGACGCCGCCAUGAGGCGCAGUUCCAGUUCCUCCAGCGAGAUGAUGACCACCUUCAAGCCAGCGUUGUCAGCCAGACUGGCCGGAUCUCAGCUCAGGCCCCCACCCAUGAGGCCCGUCAGGCCUGUGAUCCAACACCGCUCGAGCAGUAGCAGUAGCUCUGGCGUGGGAAGCCCAGCAGUGACUCCCACCGAGAAGAUAUUUCCGAACAGCACAUCGGACAAGUCGGGCACCAUGUGAUAAAUAACACCCCCACCCCCUGCGCCCCCUGGGAUCACUACUCCCUCUUCACGGAGGAGACCUACUUGGGCCUGUUUUCCUAGGAGAGCUUGCCAAGGUCUCGGGACUUUUCUCCCAAGUCUGGAGCACCACUUAGAACACGAGAAGGAACUUCCGAAAUUAUAAUAAGAAACAUUUUUGUCCUUUUUAAUUGUGAUGACAAAUGUACAUCAUCGCCCCAGUGGUUGAUCAUUAACAAAUCAGCACUGGAGAACGAACACGCAGGCACACGGACACGCACACGCACACACACAAACACGUGAAAAAGUCUUGAUUUACAGGGUUACCUCAGAAAAUUACCUUUACUUCUGUAGGUCCUCGCAUGCUGCCAAUCGAGCAAUACAAGAAGAGCCCUGGGAAUAUAUUCUGCCCGAGACGGCAGAAAGAAAAGACAGGGGGAAAUGAAACAAGGAGCAUGCAAUAGUUUUUGCCAACUAUUGAUGAUGAGAUUUAAAUGUAUCUGCUGGGACAUCGUCCUUUUCUGCUGACUUGAGUUAUUUGUCCAUUUGGAAGAUUUCACCGCUCAAACCGACACCUCUUGGCUGUCAAUUUCAACGCUGUAUAUAGACAAGGACAAAACCUUCAGCUUGUACUGAGCGGAAAAGAAAUAUAAAUAUUGUAGCCCAGUAUUAUCAGAUUAAUAUUAAAUAAAUAAUGGAGUUGUUCUUAAUGCAGGUAACAGUAAUAUGGGAUUUAGACCAAACAGCGUAUGUAAAGAUAUGUAGCUUAACUUAUCCAACUUUUUUUGAUUGAUUGAUAUAGGUUUUUUUUGUAAGAAAAUGUCUUAAUGUACAAAGUGUCACUAAAACAGACAAAGGGACGACAUAACAUUUAACGUGACAUUUCAUUAUCUCUCUUGGUAACUGCACGUUGACAUUAGGGUCUUGCCUUCAGUUUUUGGGGUGAUUUCGUUAGGUUGGAAGGAUUUGAUGUGUUUUUCACCCUCCCAAUUGAAUAUCAUUGCUUGCCCAACAUGUCCUAUUGUAUUAAAUUGAUCUGACAAAGGAACCUCUAUCACUGAAAGUGAUGCAGAGAUUGAUAUUGGAAAUUAUACCCAACUUACCAAGGCUAUGCCAUGUCUAGUUACAAUUGUGUUCUUUGCUCGGUCGUACAUCUCUGUGUGUAUAUACAGGUGUGUACAGAGUAAUCCAAUUCAGAUCUGGGCAAUUUCAACAUAUACGUUCCUCUGGAUAAAUCCUUUUCAACUUUUUAAUUAAGUUUCUUUCCUAUUUGGAGAUUCGGGAUCAGUUGCAGUGGAACUUUGGGCUGUCAGACUCAAAGCUUAAAUCCUGUCAGUGCUUUUAAAGCCAGACAAUUUUGCAUUUUUUUCAACAAAACCAAAAUAUUGACUCUCAUCCUCGUUUUCGGAAAUUGUAAGUCGCACGAAAGGGUUUGCAGGAGUGGCCUGUUUCACAAAGAACAGUGGGGUGGUUUUUUUGUUUGCCCCUUGUGGCUUACAAGUCACCGAUUUCCCCAUUACUAUUGACAUCACCAGUUGCACAUGCCCACCUUGGUUAGAGUCAGUGACUCUUGGAGCCCAGUGGGCGAUGCAAAGCUGCCAUAUCACUCGACCGGUCAGUCUUCGAGCUUGAACCCAGAGUGUGUCAUUAGGCUAUUCAACUCAUUGAAAUCAUAGUAAGAGCAAGUCCUACUCAAGCCAUGCCCUCAAUUGGCAUUGACACAUGCCCAUUUUCCAUUACGAUUGACUGGAUGAUGGGAAUUGGGUUGCCAUUGGUAUUGGGAACCCUGAUUGAUUUUUUUUAAAUUCCUACCCUUCCCUUGCCUCCCUCGCCCAGGGAAUCUGAUGGGCACUGAGCCUGGGACCAUCCCAAUAGGUAUACGAGAAUCGUUUUCAUUUUCAAAUGAUUCUAAACUCUGCCGCCCAUGGCCUCACUCUACCAGGCCCCCCGUUCCCUUUACCCCGGUUCUUUGCAGUCUCCACUGGCCCCUUUGUUACAGAAUGGAUGGAUUUCAAGAUCCUCACUCUCACUUUGAAAUGUCUUCGUGCCCUGCCACCUCUUUACCUCUCCAAUCUGCUCACUUGCCACCCCUUUACCCCCACCUACCACGGCCUGUGCGGAAUUAGCCUCUGCUGCACAAUUGACAGCCGUACUUUAAGCUACUAUGCCCUAAGGUCUCCGGGACACUACCCCGUGUGAAGGGCCCCGUAUCAAUGCAAGUUGCUGUCGUCGAACUGCUUGCCGUAAUCCCUCCUUCUCGUUCCCUCUCUGCUCGUCUUCAAAUCACGCCUGAAGACUCUCCUUUGACCGUGCCUUCGGUCACCUUACCCCCUCCCUCCCCCACCCCCUUCCAGCUCAGUAGCAAGCCACAGCACUGUUAAGCCUCCACGAUGCUACCUGGGUUGAAGGGUGCUAUAUAAAUGCAAGUUGCUUUUGUUGUGGGACUCUCUUUAGCAGAACGUGUCCACAGAUGUUGCCAUUAUGGGUUGCCACUGGUUUUAAUUGUCCUCUGAUCUUUAUCUCUCCUUCCACUUCCCUCCCCCUGGGCUCCGCUGACCAACCUUAUUCUUUCGUGCGACAUUACACGUGUUUCUGAUACAUCACACGUGGAAUACGGACACUUUUGACAACGGAAAAAGGGUUUUGUGAAGACUGCCUGCUUUUAGUAAGAAUUCUCAUCAGUUCUGGACUGUUAGACCCCGAAAAAGACUGCACUGUGCCCUAUUAUUAAAUUGCACUAGUCUUUCAAAUACAGUAUCUUCAUAGCUGACCCUUCUCUGAGAAGCCCUUUGCACUUUACACCUACGUCCAGUAUUUUACAGUUAGUGGUCUUGUUAACCCCAUCAGCUGUCUCGUUUUGCUGCCAGUAUGAAUUCUGCCCUCUGCCCCAUUUCCCUUCUUCCUCUAAUGUUUCCCGAGCAUCUCCCGACGUCCCUUGUUGAGAUCAGACCAGAACCGUUAAGCUCACCUUCUCUUUUCUGAGUAAAUCUGCUUGAGUUUCCAGUUUCUAGCAUGCAGAGUUUUUAUUUUCUUCUGUAUGGACCCCAAUGUACCAAUGGUGUGCUUUCUGAAGGGGAUCCCUUUGCACUGAAGGCCCACAAUAUAAAAUAAGUGUAAGCUGCUCUUAUCUGAUACCCAGCAACCCAACAGAUUGAAUUCCCCCAAAAUGACCCCCAUAUUAUAUUCGAUGCUGGAAUAGGCAGUUGCAUUUUACCAGAAUGCCAGAAACUGAAGGGGUGAAAUAAUGAAGAAUUUCAGUAGUUUUUUUUUAAUCUUGUUUAUUAAGGAGUACUUAAGAUCUUUCUUUCAUGAAUCGCUCCAACCUGUUAUUCCUCUCUCUCGCCGUUUUGAUGUGUUCUGACUCUCUUCAUUGUGGUAAAGCCUUUCACUGACUCGUGAUAUGAUUUCUUCCCCCCGAAACAUCCAUUUUUUCUUGUGAUUCAGGCAGCAAUGUAAGUUUUGAGAAACCAUUAACCUGGGAUGUGAGGGAAAGUCAAACUGAUUCAACGGGCAGUACUUUGAGGCUGUUUUGGACUGUGUUAAGUAGAGACUUAGGUUGCGAUUGACUUGUGCUCAUCUUGGCCUGGCCUUUGAUCCUGGCCCUGUUGGGUUGAACGUGGUGAAAUGCUGCAUUUCUUAUCAUCCUCACUAUGAUAUAAGCACAAAAUGCAUUAAGGUGUAAUUUAAUAAUUAAUUAAAUAAAACCAGGAACAAACAAGGACACGGGCCUUGUUCUGUAGCUCUGACUUACAGGCUGCCCAUGCCUUGAGAUUCAGUCGAUCCGCAGGGAAACUGGAGUGACACAAAGACAUGUCACAUUUCCUCUUCGCCUCCAGAGACUGGAUUUUAGAACUGCUUUCAGCGUCCCGAGCCUCUGUUACUCCGCAGCCAGGUGUGUUGAGAGGUCAGCCGUGUGUCUGUCCGCACGGGCCAUUAAUGUGAAGAUCUGCAGCCAGAAAAUAGAACCAUCGAGCAAGUGCAGCUCAAGGAUGCACAGGUGUCACUCAUCUGUGAUGCCGCGAAAUAGCCGGAGCUAAACCUACGACAGCGGCAAUCUCAAGGAACCGCAGAACUCACUCCCUUCCGUUCGAAGCAGCUAUUCAAGUGUCCCGCAACAUGAGAGCGGCGUAAGGAUUAAAUAGCGAUGGAGAAGGGGCAGGCUCUUGUCCAUUCAGGCAGCGUACAGUGCUUCUGCCUUUUAAUGAAGCUGUGUUAUAAGAGGGGAAAGUUGAGUCCGAUUAAAAUCAAUCGAUGUCAAGACACAUCGCAACUUUUAAAACACAAAAUGCUUUGACGUAAAGUGACUCGUUUAUGUAAUUGGACUCAGAAUAGCGUCUGAGAGUACAAUGCACGCAGAUCAAGUACGAUUCCCUUCACGCAACAGUUUUAUUUGAAGCAUCUCUUGCCUGUUGUAGUCCGGUACAUAAUGUUCAUCUUGCAUCAAGGUUGGGCAGGGAAGUCCUGUUGAAACAUUCAGCCAAGUUACAACUAGACAAUAACAGUCAUUAAACAUUUGCACUUAAAACUAGCGAAAUAGCUUGAUGUUUAAUCACAAUACAAAAUGUCUAACUUCUUGGUAACCUAAACCGUAAUGAUGUUGUGGUUGUAUAAAGUGCUGUAUCUCCAUAUGCGUGGAGGCUAAUAUCA